AUGGCAAGUCUACUUCGUAAUACACGAUCUAUUUUAACACGAUUCUCGUGUAUUCAACGUACUGCAACAACUGUAGCAGCUACUUCUGGUACACAAGUAAAAACAUCUGGCACUGCAGCAAAACACUCGCAAACAUCAAAUUCUUCUAGUGGAACUCAUAUGGCAGUACGAGAUGCUCGACAACGCUUAAGUCCAGUAGAUGCAAUUAAACCAAGACCUGCAGCCGAACCUUUCAUUCCUUUGGUUGGUACAGCUUUGAACGUAUGGGGUCAAAUGGCUCUUGGACUAAUUGUUGUUACCAGUGUUUAUUUUAUUUACAUCAAUUAUAUAACAAAUCCAGAAUUUUAUAAAAGUUUGAAAUUAAGUCGUGAAGCAACUAAAAGAGAUAAAGAUCAACACUCAGCUAAGCAUGACGAUAAAGCUGGCCAUCACUAA